UCCGGAUGGUCGUCUAGUAGCCACUGGAAGUGCAGACACAUCAAUAAAGAUAUUGGAGGUGGAAAAGAUGAAGACAGUAGUUGAUGCAGGGCCUUCAGCACCGGAGACGGCAACGCAGAUUCGCCCAGUGCUGCGUAUAUUUUACGACCACUUGCAGCCAAUCAACGAUGUGGACUUCCAUCCUCAUGCGCCAUUGUUAAUUUCUGGUGCCAAAGACCGAACAAUAAAGUAGGGUUCUCCGCCUCACCUUCCUUCUCCUCCUUUCUCUGCAUGCCUGGCACAUUCUUUUGUUUUCUUCCUGACAGUUUUAAAACAAUUU